AUGGUAUAUCGAUGCCUUAUAUGUGAUUUGAUUUUUCGUCAUAGACAUUUAUACAUUUUUCGUCAGUUAAAUCAGUCGAUGGAAAAACAUCGGUGCCAAUUCUGCCGACAGGGAUUUAUUACUGAAGAAACUUUACUACAACACAUGAAUGACAUCCACCCAGAUGCGAGACCUUACGUUUGUAAACAAUGCUUUAAGUGUUUGAAAACUAGAAGAAACUUGCUUCUUCAUCUGAAAAUGCAUUCAAGGAAACCGUAUAAAUGUACAAUUUGCCCUGCAAAUUUUACAACUGAAGAAAAACUAUUUCAGAACAUCAGGGUUCACGAAUAUUUAGCAUCCUCCACUGAAUUCUUGCAAGAACCAUGGAUGGAAGCAGGUUCUUCAACUCGAAACGUGCAAGAACCAUGGAUGGAAGCUGGUCCUUCAACUCGAAACGUGCAACGACAAUCGAUAAAAGAAGAACCCUCAACUAGAAACGUGCAACGACAAUCGAUAAAAGAAGAACCCUCAACUAGAAACGUGCAAGAACUAUUGAUGGAAGCAAGUCCAACUCGAUACGUGCAGGAACCAUUCAUAAAAGUAAAACCGUCAAAUCGUAACAUGCAGUAA